CCACGCUAAGAUGAAUAUUCGCUGUGGUGUGUACGGCGAAGGGAGCGUCUUCUCCGUCGACAUCGAUCACAAUGCAGACGUGGAGGCGCUGCAGGAGAAGAUUGUAAGUAGAUACAGAGUCGCCAGCAACCGCGUUGAGGUUUUCCCAGCCGUGUUGACGCUGUAUUUGGCGCGGAAAGCGGAUGGCACGUGGUUGAAGGACGACCGUAAUGUGAAAAAAUUCUUGCGAGGCAGUAUCAGCAAUGAUUACAAGGAGAUGCGUCCGUCAUGGAAGCUCAACAAGGUGGGGCUGUUUGGACCAGAUUUCGCCCUCGGAGAGGAAGUGAUUCAUGUGCUGGUGGAACUCCCAUCCUCAGCUGAUAUUUUGCCAAACAAACGACAACAUACGGGAAGUGUGCCGCGAAUUGAGAAGGUCGAAGAUGUGCCUCAGAUUAAAAUCGAAGGGGUGCAAUAUGUGACGCUGCCAGCUGCAUUUCUCGAGAAGUGUGGCUACAGAGUCUCGGAUGACUUGAUGCUGUAUUGUCGCCGUGAAGUGCUCGAUCUGUGGGGCUUUGUGAAAAAUGAAGUCAUUGCUAAGAAUGCAAGAGGAUUCAUUGUUGGGCCACCUGGCACAGGCAAAUCUGUGUCUACGCUAAGUUUUGUGGCUUCUUUGGAUCGCCAGGAAUGGAACGUCGUCUGGAUUCAUUUGGGAUAUCUUAGUAUCUCAUGUCUGGCACUUGGAAUCAAGAAAUAUUGGCUUAUUGGUGACCUAACGACAUUUGAGCUCCCUCGAGUCCCCGGCAGAAAGCUCUUGAUUUGUGUGGAUGGGUAUAAAGCCGUUGACGAGCACAAGGCUUUUUUGAGACGAAUUUAUGUGCGUCUCGUUGAGGACGAGAGACUUUUGGUGUGCUCCUCGAUGGCCACACUUGGUAAAUUCAAUAGGGAAGAUGCUCACGCGGAGGACGCCCGCGUGUUUUUCAUGUAUUCUUGGACGCAAGACGAUUAUCUCGCAGCCAUUGCCGAUCCGACUUUUUAUGACAAGAUCGCGUCAAAGUUGGACGCAACAAGUCCCAACGAAGUGAAUGAGGACGACGGUUUUGAAGCAGAAUGGAGUGAGGAGGACAAGAAGCAGUAUGCGCUUGAUUUGAAGUUCUACUAUGCUGGCGGAUCAUGUCGGUUCAUGUUUCAAUACCCUACGAUUGAAGUGAUGGGCUGUCUGAAAACUGGGGUUCAAUCUGCCGCGAACAAGUCAGAUCUUGUCAAAUACUGCGGUGGCAAUUUGCACGCUGAUGCAAUCAACAGGCUAUACGGGAUGCAGCCUGACGGCGAUGGUAACGCUCGGUUCCCCGUGAGCUCGUAUGCGGCCUCUCUCUUUGCGGAAGAAUGUGACGAGCAAACCAUUGUGCAGUUGGCGGCUCGUCUUAAUGGGUCAAACAACCCUGCGGUGGAUGGCCACCUCUUCGAGUGGCUGUUUUUGGCAUCUGUUCCAAAGCGUGCGGUGAAACUAUUCGGCGACCACGAAGUCGGAGACGUUCUGCCUCAAGCAAAUGUUCUUCGUUUCGAUCCGAAGAAACGAUUUAAAGUACUAUCAGAUCGACAAAUAAAAGGCGACCGGAGUUGGUUGCAGCCGACGGCGUGGAACCAAGGAGGCUACGAUGCGGUGCAUUUUGACAAGGACAAAGGCAAGGUCAUCUUUAUCCAAGUCACGCGAUCAGACAAGCACGAUUUCAAGAUGCGCUUCUUUUACGAAGUGCUACUCAAACUGGAUAUGGCAAGAAUGAAGAUAAAACAAGUGGUGAUCUAUUUUGUGGUCAAGCCGUCUCAGUAUCUGAACUUCAAGAUGGGCCACAUUGAGGAUCGCGACGUUUUGUUGGAGUUCGAUAAGAGUUGGACCCGUCCAGAAGAAAAACAUGUUCAAGUGCGCGCUUUUGAAGCCCCUCCACUCUAG